AGAAAUUUCCGGAUAAUCAAAAACAAUCUGAACUAUGCGAUAUCAUCAUGCUCUGUAACCUGUAAUCCUAAGUGGAUUUUCAAAUCAAAUUUGUUCGAUUUGGGAUCACUAAUAAACUACAUAUGUUUGUUUUAUUUUUCAUAAUUAUAAAUUAUGAAAUUUAAAAUAUGAUCAAUUAGUCCCAUCACUUAUUGUUGAGUACAAUUAGUAUAUUGUAAUAAUUUUGCGAAAGUGAAUGAGGUCUUAUGCCUCCCGAAAACGUACGCUAUCAUUCCAGUCGCCGUGCGUUAGACUACAUUAAGAAUACUCUUCCUAAAUGUUACGAUCCACCACCGAAGCGAACGGAAGCCAUAGGGGCAAGUACCAACAAAUCUGGAUUCAGACGAUUCUAUCUUUCCAAGAAAAAAGGACUGCAUAGAGGAUGGUGGAAAAACAAUAUGAGAGAUGGUUUGGGAAAACUGAUCGAUAAGAACAAAGUAGAGAUCUAUGAGGGUGAGUUCCGUAAUGACGUCCCCAAUGGUUACGGCGUAAAAUCAAUCAUACGACCAAACGGAAUAAUAGACCUUCGGUAUGAAGGCGAGUUCGCAAAUGGAGCGCCAAAUGGAAAAGGAAACUUACACACAGAUACCUACCAUUACAUAGGGCAAAUUAAUAAAGGUAAAGCAUCUGGUGUUGGAAUAGCGUGGUACAUAGAUGGAUCAAUAUACUUCGGUACGUGGUUUGGUGGCAAAAGAAUGGGACAGGGAAUGAUAGUAAACAAAAACAGGAACCGGUAUGAAGGAAAUUGGUAUGCUGAUAAGAAGCACGGAUUUGGACAAUACUGUUUCUUUGAUAAAGGCCAAGCCCUGGAAGGUAUUUGGGUCGAUGAUAUCUGCAUAAGAGGCACUAUGAGGAAUAUUAAAUACAGGCAGGCGGCAACAGAUCCAAUCAAAUACUCAAUACCGGCGUUGAUGCUGAAAGAUUGGCCUACCUCUUAUUACCAAUGGGAAAAAGAAGCUUUGGCUAGAGUAGGUAGGUACGUCAGAGAAGACAUCGGAGUAACAUUUGACCAAAAUGAAGAAAGAGAAAAAUGUUCGAUUUCACAGGAUAGCUAUCUGGAAGACAGAGACGAUAUUGAGGGUCAAAUAGAUCUUCUCAAUCUCAGUCAAUACUCAAAAUAUCCUGCUGCUAUUACUGAAAUCCAGCCCUGUGUAAUAUUGAAAAAAUAAAUGAAAAUGAAACCAUAUACGUUUUAUUUUUCAUUCAUUUAUCGGAAUAGGUUAAAAUAAAAAGUAUUCGAUAUAGUGAUGGGACAGAAAAACAUAAAGAGUUAUUCGUAACAAAUAAAAGCAGAAGUAAAAAAAAAAUACUAUUAAAGAGGAAGAUUAACAAGAUAGAGUUAAAUUUGGGAAAAUAAACCAACGAUAU